AGUAGCGAGGAAGAGGUCGCAGUCUAUCGCACUGCGACCAGGACAUUUUGAAGAUGGUGUUGAGCUGACUUUGAUACUCUUGUUGUUGUAAAACUUCUUUUACAACCAAUUCUAUGGCCGACGCCGGAGCUGCAAACCCCGCGGCAGCCGCCGCUGCGGCGCCAGGCGCGACGACGCAGGACCUGUCUUUUUCCUUCGACCUCUCGGCCUCGCACCAGGAUAACACGGGGGAGGAGGAGGAACUGACCCAGGAAAAUGACGUCCUUAACGAGUUCCGGUCGUUCAUCAAGCAUGCGAAGGCGGGCAUGCAGAUGGCCGAGUUCUGGCGCGUGUAUCUCGAUCCGGAACAGAAACAGCGGAUCAGCGUUCAGGAGUUCUGCAAAAGGGUACGGGUGAGUGGCUACGAGAACGUGUUGACGCUGAAAAACGCGAUCGUGCAACAGCGGGUGGACAAAAUCAAUGAGACGAGCGCUGUAUCAAAUGCAAAUACGUCGGGGUCUGGAGAAAUGCAACUUGUGAUGCUGCCUUCGGACUCUUAAAAAAUCUGUAUUGCAUGAGCAGCAAGAGGAGUCCAGUUGUUGCUUUGUGGAGAGGGAGUCUCUCAUGCGGAAUAUGCGUAAGCAUGAAGACGCCCUCAAAAAAUCUGUGAUGCUCGGGCACGCAUCACAGACAUCAUGGGUCAUGCGAAACGUGCAUGGCAAACCUCGCAUCCUUCCACACCCAGACAUUUGCGUUUGAUACGGUGUGGUCGCGCAAUUUGACAAAAAAUCACCUUCCAAGACCCACAGCCCAACCAGCAGUCCUGUGAAAUGUAUACAACAUAGGGACGACCUUUUGGUUUGUGUUUUGUUUUUUCAUCUCAUGCGUCGCUUAUUUUUGCCGCAUCAUGGAAGAGAUUUAGGUUUUCUUAUGAAAAAAGUACCUCCACCUCCAUCACAAAUUGAAAUUCUCAGUCGGCCCGGGUACCGCGGUGUCAGAAUGGCGACCGGGUUCGUCGCGCGCACCGAUGGCCAUCCGGAUAUCAAAAGGAAAAAUCCCCCCUCCCCAUAUCGAAAACGAAAUUUGUGAUGCUGUAUUUGAGUACACAAAUCGACGUGUAAUGCUAGAAGGCCAAGAGACGCAGCUGUGGCCUCGUUUGCAGGCAAUUUGUCAUGCUGUUUCCCACUUCCUGCUGCCCCCUGUCAUGCUGAAGAUGCAAGGCUUUCCCACGCCAACCAGCACUGCAGUCCGCAUCUUUUCCCUUCUAGCAUGACAAAGCUGAUUUGUGGCCACAAAUCUGCAUCACUAAUUUCUAGUUUGAGUAUGGGGUGGGGGGAUUUUUCAUUUUGAUACCGGAACGCGGAGCACGAGUCCUUCACUCUACGGGACUUGGACAAGAAGGGCACGGACUUUUUAUCCCGGUUCAUCUUCCGGAUUGUGAGAAAAGUUUUGAUCGCAAACGAGCAGGAGCUGGAUACGGACUACUUGGGAAAGAAGUUCGGCUACACUUUUCGGGAGAAAAAACACUAUGAAGUGCAAAAGUAUCGUACUCGUAUAAAUGCAUGACAAAUUUCCGCAGCAUGAGAAAUAGAAUUUGUAAUGCGGAUUUACCUUAAUAAACAGAUUUGUAAUGCAUGAUUGCAAUGAAUACGAAUGCGACACUUUUGCACAGGAUAAACACCCACUAGAAGGGAUAAUAUUCGAAGAGAAACCCGUGGAGACUGUUGCGGUAUAGUUUUUUUCGUGUAGGUACUAGAAGAUUUGCAGAAACUUCGUUCUUGUUUCUGCAUAGCAUGAUAGCUGCAAUAAAGAGCUUCCCCUUUGCGAGGAGGAGGAUGGCACUGCACUGCAACUACAGCGUGUGCAAGAACUACGAGGAAGAUGGUCGCUGUCUGUCAGUUGUAUGAAGAUCAGUUGAAGUUGUAUUGGUGUUCUACAAACUUUAUACGAAAAAAUCGAAAUCUUCAGCCUCCUCCCGACACGAAGAAGUCGAGAAAAGACAGUAUAUCAAAGGCAAAAAUGUCUGGGUCUGGAAGAUUGCUAGGUUUGUCAUGCAGGUUUUCCAUGACCAGCGCGGUCUAGCAUGCACGGCCUAGCAUGACAGGUUCUGGGAGAUCUCUAUCAUGCCUUUCCUGCAUAGGAAACUGCCUCUAAACUUGUUCAAAAAUGGACCUCUUGCUCUUUUGGUAAUCAUGCAACACAGAUUUUUCCACGAUCCAGAUGUAGCAUGACAAGCUACACUCUUCCAGACCCAGACAUAUUUGCAUUUGAUACCGCAAAAAGGCAAGCAAAAAGGACGAUGCCGCCAACAAGUCGCAGGCAGCGCAACCGCCAGCCGAGGAGGCGAAGAAGGAGGAAAAGCCGAAAGGCGCACCGACGGAGGACGAACGGGCGAUAAAACGCAGACAGCAAGCGGACCAGCUGUCUUUGAACGGGUUGGAUACCUUCCGGUCGAUACCAAAAUACAAGGCGAAACAGCUUUUGUCCGAUUGGUUUUUCCGGGAAAAGUAUCCUGUGCAAAAGUAUCGUACUCGUAUAAAUGCAUUACGAAUUUCCUCAGCAUGAGAAAUAAAAUUUGUAAUGCGGGUUUGCCGUAAGAAAAAGAUUUGUAAUGCAUGGCUGCCAUUACUACGAGUACGAUACUUUUGCACAGGAUAAAAAGGAUAUCUUAAAGAUGCCGUAUCAAGACUUCCAGGACAAGUGCGUGCAGCUGGUAGCUAUGCAUUGCCAAAGUAUCGUACUAGUAGGAAUAGCAUGACAAAUUUUGCCAAGAAGAAAAGAAGAAUUUGUAAUGCUGAUUUCUUUAAGACAGUAGAUUUGUCAUGCAUCACAGGAAUUACUACGAGUGCGAUGCUUUUCCAAUGCAUAGUAGCACUGGAGACACAACUCCUCGCGAAUUUAGACGCUUCCCAAGUCCGCACAGCGACGAAGAUGAAGCGGGACAUGAUCAUAUGCAAGAAAAAAACUGUGUAAGUGUGACUCUGUAAUGCAGAACAUGCAACGAAGUUACGCCUGUCAUGCCAGACAACCAUUAAGUUCUCUUUUCAUGUGCGUUUUCCCUUACAAGCCACGCAUGACAGGUUUUCUCUGUCAUGUAGAGCAAAUUUGUGAUGCUGUCAGCCGAUAGAAAGUUACACUAACACAGUUUUUUUCUUGGAUAGAUCAACAUGAAACGGGAGGUGAAGGCGGUUUUCCCUUUAUUGAUCCGCCGGCACAGCUUCGGGAAUUACCUGCUACAAGAAGAUUUGGACUUUGCGUUCGACUUGAUUGAACUGGAAUACAGCAAGCACUUUGCGCAAUAUCAAAUGCAAAAGUGUCUGGGUCUGGAAGAUUGCAUGUCUGUCAUGCUUGUCUGGCAUGACUCUUAAAUCUGUCAUGCACGAUACCCAAGAGCCCCACUUUGCUGUCAUGCAGAAACGCAGUUUGUCACGCAGAAUAGGCAACACCUAGAAGCUCAAAAGCUUGUCAUGCUGCGCCAGCACUUGUGGCCUCUUCAUGAUACGCCACCCAGCGUCACAAGUUUCCAGACCCAGACACUUUUACAACCCAUACGCAAGAGGUGUUCACGAUGCAGGAAAUCCCGAAGGAGAUGCGCUCGCCGAAGCGAGUGGGGUUGAAAACCACCAUGGUGACCCGAGAAACCUUGCGGACAACGCAGGAAUUCAACCGCGCGAGGAGCAAGGAAUUUGACCCAGAACAGGGAGGGUCGCCAAGGUACUGGAAGAUCUUUGGUCAAUGAUUUGGCAUGAGCAUCAUGAUGAAGAUAGACAUAGAGUGACUUUUAUGUGCGAAGGAGCACCACAUCGCGUCUCACUGACUUGUCAGUCUAGUGAAGCUUGGGCUUGCUGGAGGUGGAGCUGCACAAAACUAGAUCCUCGUCAUUUGUAAUUCUGCAAAAACUCCACGACAACCUCCUACCUGAACAGGAUUCUUUCCCCCACUGGCGACCCAAGGCGGAAGAAGAUGCAGAACGACGCGUUUUCGAAGCUGCACAAGGACGUGAUUAUCUGGAAGAACAAGCUGAAAAAGAAGCACGGCACGCUGACCAAAGCCUGGUCGGAACUGUUUCAAAAGGCUGUGGUUAGGUGGGAUGAGGAACGGGAGAAAAGAGAAGAGGGCAAGAAUCAAAAAUCCACGCUGCGUGGGUUGUAUCCUGUGCAGAAGUAUCGCAUUCGUAGUAAUCGCAGUUGUGCAUGACAAAUCUCUUUCUCAAGAUCAUGAAUCAGCAUGAUAAAUUCCUUUUGUCACGCUUAGCAAAUUUGUAAUGCGGUUACUACUAGUACGGUGCUUUUGCAUUUCAUAGGUUGCAGAGCCGGCUGGGGGAAGAGGCGGACGAUUUGAAGUCCAAGAACUUCAAGUCGAACAAGUCGAAAAAGGACGGCAAUUACCUCCAAGUCGUCCAGUCUGACGCGAUAGACGACCUGCCGGUGAUAUUUGAAAAGCCGCCAAAUCUCCUCCCCUUGCAAAUAGAAAUCACCUGCUUCGAGUUCGUCUACAUGUGCGAAGAGCCGUUUAAGAAGUUGGUGGAGCAGAAGAAAAUCCACUUAUCCGCGGUCUACUUUUUCCUGCUCUGGGAGGACUGCCCGCCAAGCUUCGUCUACAACGCGAAUAGUCGGCAAGGGCCGGAACUGCUGGAUUGGGUGAUGAAGUUGGGUGUGCCGAAGCCGGAUCUGCUAGGGGAAUCGUUGGAUGUUGUAGAAACCGUCCAGCAAGAGGGCGCGGAAAUAGGGAACGCGAACGCGAGUAGCGCAAACUUAAACGCAUCCGCCACGCAGGCAAAUUUGGCGAGCGGAAGUGGGGAUGACGCCAGUCUGAAGAAAACGCCGCCAGGUAUUUUUACACUGAUCGGUAGUUUAAAUUUAAUGAGGAUUCUGUUUACAUCCACCUGCCGCUCAGGUCGUAUGACAGUUUUAAGUGCGUUGACAAAGGAAAUGGAAUCAAAAUAAGUAAACCUUUUUGUCUUGUUGCAUGAACAGCACGUGCAUGAGGAACAUGCAGUAAGUUGUCGUGCCCGUAGUUCAUAAUUCGCAAUACGAGAAAUCUAUAUCACUAUCAGGUUCCCCCGGCCCCUCCUCCGGCUCCGACGCGGCUAAGACCCAAGCAAUAGUUGCUACCCACACAGAAAUCGCAUCACACGUGUGAGCAAGAUAAGCUCCUAGAGUCAUGCAUGGCGAUGAUGCAUGACAAGGCUCUUCACCCAGAUCCAUUCCGCAAGAGAAAUUGCAUGACUGCGUUGCUGAAGCUUUUGGUUUUCGUGCUUUGGUAAGCAUAUCGUGCGGUGAUUUUGUGUUGCAUAAUCGUGAAGAAGGUCGAGAAACCAAAGUGGGAAACGAGAUUAUCCCGCAUGGGCCUCCGGCACUGGGACGCGGAAUCCCACACCUUACUGAUCGACUUCCAACGGUGUUUAGUCCACAGAUACGGGCACGUCGGGAAAGCGCUGAUCCAACUAGACGAGGAGAAUGAGUCGUUCCGCAUGGACUAUUAUGCAUUGCACAACUAUCGCACUAGUGUAGACUGCAUUACAAAUUUUUCCAAGAAGAAAACUGCAACUUGUCAUGCUGGAUAACGUAAGGAGUACAGGCUUGUCAUGCAUGACUGCAAUUUAAACGGGUGUGAUACUUUUGCAGUUCAUAACUACAAGGAAUUUCACCAGCUCUGCGCCGAGAUCCAGUACCCCAACAACCCGAAAACGCUUUGGGGCUACGUGGACAGCAGCAAGACUGGAUUCUUAAGGUACGAUGUGAUUGAUUUUCGGUUGGCGAAAUCCGUCUUUGGCGAGGAGUAUUUGGAUUACAAGAAAGACAACGAAGCGGUGUGGCUGCGGUUAAAGGAGAAAAAGGCGAUCAUCGCACAAGAAAUCGAGAAGUUCGCGAAAAACGAGAAGCUCGACUACUACUCGCAGUUCAAGCAAUACAUCCGGAAACGAGGGUUAGGAAACGUUUCCCGGGUCUGGCGAAAGUACUUGGACGGGAAAGGCCGCGGCCAAGUCACUUUCGACCAGUUUGCGCAGGGGUGCACCGCGAUCGGGUUUCAGGGCAACACGCGAACUUUGUUCUGGGCGAUCGGCCGGGGCGCUGGGGCGAUCACCAUCGACGAUAUGGAACAGGACUUAGUGGAAGAUUUCACCGCUUUCGUCCGCGCGUGCAAAAGAUCCGGCUCCGUGUUGAAGGUGUUGCAGACCGCGGGGUUCAGAAACAUUGAGGAGCCCGUGAAGAAAUCGGUGUUCAAGAAGUUGUUGAAAUCCCUGAAGUUCAUGGUCUUAUCCCAAAAGCAACUUGCCGACGAUGAGGAUAACCCUUUGUCCGACCGAGCCACCACCGCCGGCGGGUUGCAGGAGGGCGAAGGGGAGGACGACGCGCAGUCGGCGUCGUCGAAAAAAUCUAGUGCAACAUCUGGGAUAUGCAUUGCAAAAGUAUCGUAGACUAGUAGAAAUUGUAAUACAAAUUUUUCCAAGAGAAAAAAUGCAAUUUGUCUUUGUGAUGCUGAUUUGGCGAAGAAACGGGAUUUGUUAUGCAUGGCUGCAAUUAGUACGAGUGCGAUGCUCUUGCAAUGCAUAUGGGAGUAAAAAGACCAACGCAACGUCAAAAUCCCAGUCUUCGAAAAAAACCGCGGGCAGUAAAAAAGCGGAUUUAAUGGCGGGCGGCGGUGGGUUAUCCAAGAAAAAAACUGUGUAAGUGUACCUUUGUGUUGCAGAAAAUGCAAAACUGUUACACUUGUCAUGCUGGACAUGCAUCAGAGGCAAUUUUCGUGCGCGUUUUCACGUACUAGGUACGCAUGGCAGGUUUUCUGUUUCAUGCAGAGCAAACUUGUGAUGCUAUUCCUCCAAGAAACUUACACUUACACAGUUUUUUUCCUGGAUAUGGGUAUGAGAUGGUGGAGAGGGACAGCCGGUUUUACCACUUAUCCUGUGCAAAAGUAUCGUACUCGUAUUGCAAUCAUGCAUUGCAAAUCUUUUUCUUAAGGCAAAUCCGCAUUACAGAUUUUACGUCUCAUGCUGAGGAAAUUUGUAAUGCGUUUAUACGAGUACGAUACUUUUGCAGUUCAUACCACUACCUCUUCGACCACUUAGACAUCUUCGACGAAAAACGGAUUUUCCCCGACGAUUUACUCGCGUUGGAAAAGUUAACCAAAGGAACCCACACGCUGGGCGACAUCUACGCGGAGAGGACGCAGCAGCUCCGCGAGAGGCAGCGGAAGGUGAAGGAAGCCGUCGCGGUGCACCGGUCCAUGUACGACGAACAAAUGGAGCACCAGAAACUGGUUUCCGGCCUGAAAUCAACUAGGUCAAACGGGAAGCAGCAGGCGGAGAAACUGUUCAUAAAAAUGGAACGGUCGUGCGGGUCGGUGCUCCGGGCGUGGUUUCUCUUCUUAUCAAGUGCAAAUAUGUUUGGGCCCGGAACAUGGCAACUUGUCAUGCCAAAUCUGAAUCAUGCAAAAAUUUGUGUUGCAUGAUCACCAAAAGUUGUCCACUUUUGACCAGGUUCUUGAGAGGGAGUUUCAUAUACAGGAUAGACAUGAUACGGAUCUUCUCACAGCAUCUGUCAUGCUGGAUCCUGCAUUCCAGACCUCAGGGGUCAUAUAAAACCUGCAUGACAAGUUUGCAUUCUUCCAGACCCAGACAUAUUUGCAAGGCAUACUUCUUCGACAGCGACAACGCCGUAUGGAAGCGUCAGGUUUGAAAUCGACAAAGUUGAAAUGAUUUGUCAUGCAUAAUAUGCAAGGCAUGAAGUGCCUGUCUUGUCGGGAUGGCAAGUGAGGCCGAGUGUCAGCCUGUUUAGGUUAUAAAUAGAGCUACUAACAUAGCAUGACAAAAGCAGUCGUCUUUGCCCAAACAGCAUGACAAAUUGGAUUCCGGUACUCCGAAAACUUGUCAUGCGCCACUUGGAAAUUGGUCUUCCAACUGGUAUCCAUUUUAUGCAUGACAAAUCAUUUCAACUUUGUCGAUUUCAAACCUGACGCUUCCAUACGCCGGGGUGUGCGGUUACGAGAAGUUUUCGGAGGUGGUGAAACAGAAGUUUCAGAUUUUGGUGACAACCGAGAUGUGGGCGUUUUUGGAUUUUGCGAAGAAGGGGUAUUUGACGUUGGACAACUUCGACCCAGAUGUGAAAAUAUGCAUUGCAAAAGUAUCGUACUCGUAUAAAUGCGUUACAAAUUUCCUCAGCAUGAGAACAAAAAUUUGUAAUGCGGAUUUAGCUUGAGAACAAGAUUUGUAAUGCAUGUUUGCAAUUACUACGACUGCGAUACUUUUGCACAGGAUAGAAAAACCACUUGAAACUGUUCAUCGAGCGACUUCACGUCCGCUACGGAUCGACGAAGCAGGCGUUUAUGCAGAUUAUCUUGCAGUUAUCUAGAGCAAAGUUCUUCUUACCGUAGUACACACAGAUGCAGAUGAUCAUGAUGACCUUAUUGCAUGACGAUGACAGAUCUUCUGUUUCCCCAGCCCAUUUACCAUGACAACUUUCAGCUCUAAUGCUGGUGCCGGAAUUUGUCAUGCACUUUGUGCAUCUGCUUCGUCGUGCAACUACCUACGCUAAAUUUGUAUUGCAUACCAGUAUUCCGGCGUGAACCUGGAUUUCGAGCAGUGGCGGGAGCUCUGCCGGGAGAUCCGGUACGACGGCAAUCCACGACGGCAUAUUCUGAGUAAAAACAUCCCCACCCCAAAGUUGUCAUGCAAAUCUGCAGGGCAAAAAUGUUUCUCAUGUGAAGCCCCAUGCGAAGCAUUUCCCCGUCGUGUUUUGGAUUUUGUGAUGCUCAAAUCAGCAUGACCUGCUAGACCUGUUAUGCUGCUGGAGCUAACUAAACAGGAUCACACUACGGGGCCAAAUUUGUCAUGCGAAACAACCAAAGCUGGUUGAUUUGUCUAGCACAUUUUCCAUCUUGACAUUGGUGUGGGGAUGUUUUUACAUAGGAUACGGCUGUUCACGUACUUGGACCGGGAAAUUUCCGGCUAUGUGCAUUUAUCCGCGAUCGACCAGUAUCAAAUGUAAAAAUGUUUGGGUCUGGAAGAAUGCCAGACUUGUCAUGCAGGGUUUCCAUGACCCAUGGGGUCUGGUAUGUAGGACAUAGCAUGACAGAUUCUGUGCGAGUUCUAUCAUGCCUACCCCGCAUGAGAAACUGCCUCCCGAUUAGGUCAAAAGUGGACGGCUUUUGGUAAUGAUGCAACACAGAUUUUUACAUGAUUCAGAUUUAGCAUGACAAGUUGCUUUGUUCCAGACCCAGACACUUUUGCAUCUGAUAACCAGGUGGCGGUGUUCCGGGCGUUGGAAAUGCUUUCCAAAACCGGUAUCCACUGCAAAUAUGCCUGGGUUUGGAAAGGUGAAACUUGUGAUGCUGUGUCUGGAUUCCAAAGAAAUCUGCAUUGCAUGAACAGCAAAGCACGCAAAACAAGAUGUCCAAUUUUUGCUACGUGGAGAGGGCAUUUCUCAUGCGGUAUGAGCAUCAGAAGGCCCCCGCAGAAUCUCUGAUGCUAGGGCAUGCACCACAGUCCUCAUGGGUCAUGCAAAGUCUGCAUGAGAAACUCCUGCAUUCUUCCAGACCCAGACGCGUUUGCACUGGAUAACCGGCGAAGCGGAGCAACUGGCAAACACAACCUGGUACGCCAACGCGAGUCAGGCGGGACUCGGACCAAACGGGCAAGGAAAUGCCAGCACAACAGCAGGAGCGGAGAAGAAACAGGUGAACCCCGACACCGACUCACCAAGACUAGCAGGGAUGGGCCAAACGACGUCCAGCUUCGACUCGUUUGCCAGCAGAACCGGCACCGGAACCGCGGGCGGGGUGAUCACCGGCACCUCGAAAGCGGCAUCCAGCUCCGCGAAGGGGAAUUACAAACAAGUCGAACUCGUUCGCCAGUUCAAGGAAAAACUGAUCGCGAAGUACCACAGCUUGGCCUACGGGUGGCGGAUGCUUUUCGGAGCAAACAACGAGGUGGGGCAGCAGGAAUUUCACCACGCAAUAAAAAACUUGGUGAACGUCGAGUACGUCGCGUCGGAUAGUGAUCUGUACAACAACGCGGAAAUUCACGGCGCGAUAGAUCCGAACCCGGAAUUCGAGAAACGAAUGCGGCAGAAGCAAGAGGAAACCGAGGCGGCGCAGUUGGAAGCGGUUUAUGCAUCGCAAAAGUAUCUUCGUCCUGGUACGAAGCACAUUCAUGCAUUGCAAAUCUCUUUCCCAAGGUAAAUCCGCAUUGCAUACAAAUCUCAUUUCUCAUGCUGAGGAAAUUUGUCAUGUGAUUUAUACUAGUCCGACGCUUUUGCAAUGCAUACUGUAAAGCGGUAUUUAAAGGAGUUGUGGAACGGGCUCUUCCUGGCGGGUUUCGUCCGAAGAAUACCCCUCCCGAACGGCGCCAACGCCUUCGGGGUACCGAACCAGAAGAAAACCACGCCACCACAACUCAGGUUGGAAUUGUUCGAUAUGCAUUGGAAAAGUACUAUCUUUGCACUGUUGAUAGUGAUUGCAUUGCAGCCUGACAUUUUUUUCCACAAUGAUGAAGUAGAGGCAACUUGUCAUGCAGUUGCAGAGUCAGUACUGGUCUGGAAGCAGGCACAUCUGUCAUGCGUUACUUCUGCGUAAGCAAAAUCAAUACAAGAGCGCGAAGAUACAACAAUUUUUGCAAUGCAUACUUUACCCGGAAUUGUCCGAGAUGAUAAAGGAUUUCAAAAUCGGCGUGGAAAAGCGGUACGGAACUUUCGCGAAAAUGUUCUCCGAGAUCUGUUUCGCGAACUGCAAAGUGCUAUGCAUUGCAAAAGUGUCGUUCUCGUAUUGCAAUCAUGCAUUACAAAUCUUUUUCUUGAGGUAAAUCAGCAUUACAAAUUUUAUCUCUCAUGCUGAGGAAACUUGUAAUGCAUUUAUACGAAUACGAUACUUUUGCACUUCAUAAGUGCCACUGGACUGCGAGGAGGACCGGUAUUGGACGAAGGAGGAGUUUAGAAUACUCUGCGACCAAAUUUGCUACCCGAAAAACCCGCGGCUGUUGUUUUACUACUUCAGCAUCGACUGCAAACACUUGUACUGCCGCAACUUGGACUACAACGAGUAUGACAAGGCAAAGGAAACGCUGCAGAAGAAACUCGAGAAAGAUAUGGAGAAUAACAAGUUAUUGAUGAACCAAACCAGGACGAUGGGGCGGACGACGCAGAUGGGGAGCGCGGUAUACAUGUAUGACGUGCCUGCUAUAGUUCUGAUGACGUUCUUCUUGGGGAUGAUGUGUCACGUUGGACUUUUUCGUAGAGGAAUUGAUUUGAAUUUGCAAUAGAUUUCGAAAUGGAUUUGGUAAAAUUAUGCAUUCCACGACAUAAAACAGUUCUCUCUCUCUGCCCCACCCGGUCGGUUCGGCGUGGACAACAAAAUCCAUCCGACCGUGAAGAUGCAUUCCAUCACCAACGACACGAGUUACGGGGACUUCAAUUUGAACACGCACCGGUCUUCCUUUUCCGCCAAUUUGCAGCACCAGGCACCUGAUUUGCGGACGUUAAACACCUUUCUGGAGCACUUGUCGCGGAAAGCGAACAACAACUUGCUGCUCGGUUGGGUGCGGUUUCUGGACACGAAACAGACGGGGAAGCUGAACUUCAAAGAAUUCGCCGAAAUAUCCUGUGCAAAAGUAUCGUACUCGUAUUGCAAUCAUGCAUUACAAAUUUUUUUCUCAAGGUAAAUCCGCAUUACAAAUUUUAUUUCUCAUGCUGAGAGAACUUGUCAUGCAUUUAUACGAGUACGAUACUUUUGCAGUUCAUACGAAAACGUCACCUCCAUCGGCUUCACCGGGAACUUGCACAACCUCUGGCGGGAAAUCUUCAUAAGGUUAGACUACUUCGCGUUCGUGUCCGAGCAGGAAGCGCCACACAAGGCGUAUAGGGAUAUGCGGUACAUCACGUUUGAAAAGCUGGAUCCCUACCACUUCCUCUUAUUAGAGAGCUUCCGGAAACCGCUCGCGGCGAAAUACAAAACGGCGCAGGUAGUAGAAUUCUUGAAAGUUGUUGAGACGGAGGUCUACUAUCAUAACCACCAGGAGACGGACUGAUACUGAAUGAUUGAACUUGUAUGGCAAUCGAACCUGGGUUCUUGUUCAAAACAUCAAAACAACUUACGAUAUACAAUUUCAGGUCGCGUUCGAGGACCUUCAAUACGGACAGGACGACUUUUUCCUACUUUGCCAGGAGCUGAAAGUGAAAGUGACCUGCAAGUGCCCGGCGCCCACGCCCUACAUCGACCGGCACAACCCCCAUCCCGACUACCAAAUCGACCCGGACGAGCCCCCGCUCCGGUCCAGCGACCCCCGGGUCCACCAUCACUUCUUCGACUGGUGUCAGAAUUUGGUGCUGAAGCGACCUCGAAGGAUAAGCCGGACGCAGUCCGACUAUCUGUUCGAGUAUUUGAACUUGCGGAAAAGGGAGAAAAUCAGCACGGACGAGGUGGAGUUUCUGGACAAGUGGUGGAAAAAACCGCUCCGGAAAAAACGGUUCUCGCAGGACAUUUAUCCUGUGCAAAAGUAUCGUCCUCGUAUUGCAAUCGUGCAUUACAAAUUUUUUUCUACGAGGUAAACCCGCAUUACAAAUUUUAUUUCUCAUGCUGAGGAAAUUUGUAACGCAUUUAUACGACGAGUACGAUACUUUUGCAAUGCAUAACAUGCGGAAAGUCCGGGAUCCGCGCCGGAUUCUCGAGGAGGCGAAAGCGAGGAAGGCAGCGGAGGAACUGUCCAAGAUGCAGUCGCCGAGGAUACAAGAGCAGUUGGCAAAAUACGGAAAACUGGAAAACGCGGACUCCUGGUCGCCGCUGCUCCACUCCAAGCCGUUCAACGUUGGCAAGUCGAACAGUUUAUGCACUGCAAAAGUAUUGUAUGUAGUGAGGUCACCGAACGGUUCUAACCGGGGAGUUUUUUUGCCACCUACCGUGAAAAACGGCCGGCAGUUUCCAAGCGGGCGGAAGUGUUUUUAGAGAUAAAAAAUUUGCAAUCAUCAAGCCUCCGGGGCUUUGCCAACAAACAAGCCCGCUCGAAAACUAUCGACUCGCACUUGAUAAAACGACGCAGGGGAGCCGGCAAAAGGGGGGCCCUUCUGAGGCGCCCACCGCCUUGGUUUCUGGCGAUUUGGGCCGCCCAAAAAGGGGCGCGCAAAAAACGCGCCCAAAAUCAGAACAGCGAAACAGCAUGGCACGGCCCCGAUUUCGGAGCAUUUUGGGCGGCCGCGAAAGUGGCCGCCUUUUCGCCGGUUUCAGAGCCUGGGAAGCUUUGCAAAAAGCGCCGGAGUGAAAAAUAAAAACGCGAAAAAGAAAAAGCGCCCCAGACGCGCAAAGCCAAUCCGCAUGCUAUGGGCCCGAUUUUUCUUCGCUUUUAGGGCGCCCCCCGUGGCACCCGGAUCGGCGCCAUAGCAUGGGGGCUGGGCUUCGGAAAGGAACUUCGGAGAUUUGCCAAAAUUUGCAACGUUUCUCGAGCGGCCGCCAUGCCGUGCGGCAUAACACUACGCACGGCGGCAUGGCGAGCCCAGAAAAAGCAAAGCCGCGGCCAAGGCGACGGCCGGCAAGAAAACGCCCACGACCUCACUACCUCCGCCCCGGCGGCUAUAUUUGGUACUCGUAUAAAUGCAUUACAAAUUUUCGCAGCAUGAGAAAUGAAAUUUGUAAUGCGGAUUUACCCUAAGAAAAAGAUUUGUAAUGCAUGACUGCCAUUACUACGAGUACGAUACUUUUGCAGUUCAUACAGCUCGCUCGACGAAGUUCGCAUCGCCCACAGCAACACCUUCCAGCGCGGGCCGGCGUUUGAGGGGGUAAAACUAACGGACGACUUGCGGUCGCACUGGAACCCGCGGCACCAUGUGCUAGAUAACGAGUGGAACCGGGCGACGCAGAUGCUCUACGAAAUGGUCCAUGUGGAGCGGAUAUGCAUUACAAAAGUAUCGCACGACUCGUUGAAAUUGCACUCAUGCAUGACAAAUCUCUUUCCAAACCUGAAACAGCAUUACAACUUCCACUUUUGUUCUUGCCAAAAUUUGUGAUGCUAUUUUUACUAGUACAACGCGCGACACUUUUGCAAUGCAUAGCGGAGUAGCGACCGUAUGAAAGCCAAGGUCCAGAAGAAGGCCGACGCGAUUCCCGUCUUCUCCUGGAUCCAGGGGCAACUAGGUGGGGGCGGCGCGGCGGGCGGCGGCGGGGCGGCCGCCGGCGGGACGAAGUUAGACCGGCUGCAACCGCGGCCGCCUCCGAUAAAAGCGAGGUCUGGGAGUGGCGGAGACGGAGACUUGUUGAAGGGUUUGGGCGGAGGGGAUCUAAUGGAUUAAAGAACCGGUCAAAGGGGAUUUUCAAACCGGCGAGCCGUGUUGAAUGAUGUGGCGUCUGUUUUAAAUCCCAGUAGGUACUGCCGGUGCAAGAACCCGGACAGUACUAGUCGUGUAAUUCGCGAAUCAAUCAUCUACUAAUAAUCUACUAUACUUUAACUUUUACUUUCCUAGUAGCAGGUGAUGAUCGUGACAGGGUUUCAGUUGUUAAGGAGUUUCAGGCCGUCUUCGGGGAGGAGGAGUAAUUGAUAUUUAGUGUGCUGACUACGUUUACGACCACUCCAGUAGAACAACCGCCCUCGUAGCGUCACGCCAUCCAUCAUCCUUCGGAAGUUCUUUUCGCUCUUGUUUCAAUAAUGCAGAAAAUUAAAGGGCCUCGUCAAGAAGGUGCCAAUCUUGUUGUUUGAAUGCAUCGCUGAUAAUGUCCUGUAUAAUACACCAACUCGUCUCAAGCGGCGCAAGCGUGGUCACCAGGAAUUCUAUUAGCCGGCGCGCGGCGCUGCUUGAAAGACGUUUAUUUUCGACGCACAAAGAGACGUGCGCCUAGUUGAGCUUCUGUUUACUUGUUUGCUUAUUUACCCCUACUAAAACCAAAUUUCAAAACCGAAUCAACACAGUAAUGCAAUGCUGAGAAAGUGAAAAUGAAUGCGAAGUAUUACAGUUACACUGCUCCUUCAAAUAUCUUCUAUGCACUUUGCAGUGUACCUAAACUUUAUCAAUGACCGAUGACACCAGCACGUCCGGAGUAGAACAAAAACGCAACAAAUGACGAAACCCAGAGUACAGAAUUUCAGAAUAGCCGUAGUACCUUUCUCGACCGCUACCUUUUGAUGAUGAAUCGAAAACGUUUUAGCUUAAGGAGAUAAGCUUUGCUUUGACUUGAUUGAUAUUGCUAGACACAACGAAAACCAUUAUUAUUUCGUUUGACUUGAGCUUCCUAGUAGAAUUUGCAAUAGGAGGGUCUUCAGACCGAAGAAAGACUCUGGGUUGCGCUGCUGCGGCGCCUCCACGCGUUGUACUAUUUCAUCUUGCGUGGUGGACUCGGCACCUGAAGCGCCUCUGCAACUACCUUGUUGAUGAACUCGAUUUGCUAAAUAUUUCUCCAAAGUUGGCCGCCCAUGACUAUGAGGAUCGAUCGAUGAUCUUCAGCGCCACCAGAUUUUUGCAUUUGUAUAAAAGACCACGAUGUCCUUGUUGCGGUAAGGAAAUCGAAAGAAGUUUCAGAUCGAUUAUUCUCCGGCUUGUGGCGCUGGUGCUCGAGGACGACUGCGAUAUCCAAGAGAAUUAUGCCAUCGCCAUUCCCAUAAUUCGAAAGGAACAAAAAGCUCCACCUGUUCUUCCAUCACUCAGUAAAGAGCCCACAACAUCAUUCUCAUCGCCAGGUGAGGUCCUCGUCGGUGGAACUACAUCUUGGUGAGUAGAAGUAUCAAAAUCACGCCUAGAAAAAUUCGAAAAUUUAAAUUGAUACAACUCUCCACAGAAAAUAAAGAUCCUCAUGAACACGAUGAUGAUUGAAUGAGUAGGAAGCAGAAGCUGCAACACAGAAAGAAAAUCCAUUGGUGCUUUCGAUGGUUGAAAUGUUGACCGAAAAAAAGAGAAAAAUCGAGAUCCGUGAGGACCCU